CGUGCAAAGCGUCAGUUCCUUCUUCUCCAUUUUGAAGCGGCAGGAGUAGCGUCGUUAGGGAAGUAGGGAAACUUGUACUGUGGGAAUUUGUAGGUAGAAGUUGUCCCAGUAAAGAAAAAUUCAUUCAAGAUGGUGAAUAUGGAUCGUGAGAAUGAUCACGGUGAGCCAGAGCAUGUUAGAAAACUAUUUAUUGGUGGAUUGGACUAUAGAACAACUGACGAGUCCCUAAAGCAACAUUUUGAACAAUGGGGUGAAAUAGUUGAUGUGGUGGUUAUGAAGGACCCUAAAACGAAGAGGUCGAGAGGGUUUGGGUUCAUAACUUACUCCAGAGCACAUAUGGUGGAUGAUGCUCAGAAUGCUCGCCCACACAAAGUUGAUGGUCGUGUUGUGGAGCCGAAAAGAGCUGUUCCUCGCACGGAGAUUGGUAGGCCAGAAGCGGGAGCGACUGUGAAAAAGCUAUUUGUUGGUGGAAUUAAGGAAGAGAUGGAAGAAAACGAUCUGCGCGAUUAUUUCAAACAGUAUGGCACUGUCGUCUCUGCUGCAAUCGUCGUUGACAAGGAGACUCGCAAGAAGCGUGGCUUCGCUUUCGUAGAAUUUGACGAUUAUGAUCCAGUUGACAAAAUAUGUUUGAGUCGCAAUCACCAGAUCCGUGGGAAGCACAUAGAUGUCAAAAAAGCCUUACCCAAAGGUGAUGCUCCAGGAGGCCGUGGAGGUGGAGGCAGAGGUGGGGUUGGUGGUGGUGCAGGUGGUGGCUGGGGCGGAGGACGUGGUGACUGGGGUGGAAGUGCUGGUGGCGGUGGAGGUGGUGGCUGGGGAGGUGCUGAUCCAUGGGAGAAUGGCCGUGGUGGUGGCGGUGACCGAUGGGGAGGUGGUGGUGGCGGUAUGGGUGGUGGAGAUAGGUGGGGUGGGGGUGGUGGAAUGGGAGGGGGUGACAGGUACGGCGGUGGCGGUGGACGCAGUGGUGGAUGGUCCAAUGAUGGUUACAAUAGUGGACCACAGUCUGACGGAUUUGGUGGCGGCUACAAGCAAAGCUAUGGAGGAGGUGCAGUUCGUGGUUCUAGUGGUUAUGGUGGAAGCCGGUCUGCUCCAUACUCUGAUAGAGGAUCUCGAGGUGGUGGAGGUGGCGGUUACGGUUCUGGUGGUGGCCGCAGGUAUUAAGUGCUGUGGCACUCCUUUCCUCCCUGUGCAGGUGUCGCCUAUUUCUGAUACUUCGCUAUAAGUAGCUGAGGCUGUCAGAUGUAGGAGACAGGCAAAGUCAGAGCACAGGAGAGGCAGGCAGGCAGGUUUAACCUUGAGCAGAGACAGAAGAGCAAAUGAGCAGAACAGGACAUGGAUCAGUUCGUUGCUAGAGCAAUCGUGUGUACUGCAUCAUCAGUCAUUCCAUUUUAAACAAUCUCACCCUUGACACCAUUAUCAGUUAGUGAAGUAGUCUACAUCCUAUGUCUUGUGUAAUUAUCUUCGACUUUUUAAGAUGUGUAAUUUUAUUGUAGUUGCUCAAUAGUUGUCAGAUACAGUUCUGGAAAUCUUGGCCUGAAAAUAUAAACCAUUUACAAAUUAUGAUCAAAAAUGCCUGUAGUUUUGAGGAAUGAGUACAAAUGUUUUGGAAAGUUAACUUUUUGUCCAGUAUCUGAUUGAUAAUGCCGAGAAACCAGUUGUAUGAACUUUUAUAGGUCAUUGUAUUUAUUUAGCUGGCUCUCACAUUUUGUAUAGGUUUUAAGUGGUCAUACACCUUAGUCUUUGUGAGAAGGAAUCCAGUUUUCUUUUGAGGGACCAAAUCGUAAGUGCGAAACUGCAGGCUUGUAGGUGUUCAAAGGUACCCUCACUAAUUUAUUGUAGUUCUUGCCAUUUUAUCAUAUAAAAGCAGUUUUAGUAUAUUGCAUUGAAAGUUAAGUGAAUGAGGAAUUGAUCUGUAUGCUUAGAACUUCAUGCAGUAAAUAAUUAGUGAGUACAAAGAUCUGUAAUCCCAACGUGUCACUAAUUACUGGUUUCUUUGUUCUCUCUCUUCCCCUCCGUUUCUUUUUGGAUCCGAGUUUUUGGAUGUUUGGAAGACAUUCAAGUGAGUUUUUGGUAUCCUGAACCAAGGGCUCACCUGCAUAAAAGGUCAGUUGCUGGUGACUGUAUAUCUUUAAUUUUAAAAAGCCCCCAUUUUUGUACUUUCCAACACAAUAGGCCAUGUGAAAUGCAUUUAUGUAUUAUAAUUUUCCUAUGUUCUAAAUAAACUUUUUCUAAUAAAA